AUGGCUGACAACGAACAGGACCACGAGCACACCCCGCUCCUUCAGGACCAAGACAACAAUGACAAUGAGCAACACAACCACCAUGACCAGACAUCCCAUCGCAACGUCGUAGAAAACAUCCGUAACCUCAUCGAAAACGAGAUCCCCAACGGACACCACCUCAAUUCCUCAUCCACUCCCAAGCGAGUCCAUGCUCUCCUUCCCCGCCUCUUCACCCUUAUCAACUCCCUCGUCGACUGUUCCAACGUCGAGGACGAAGUCGUCACCGACGAGGUUGUCGAGUACCUCUGCAGUCUCGGUCAGGAGGUCGUCUACGGUCUUCUCCGCUGUAUCGAGAGCAUGGUCGCCGAGGGCCAGCGUGACGUCGGACGCAAGAGACUCCUCGACCGUCGUGCCGAGAUCACCCAGGUCGCUGCUGCCGCUGUUACAAAGGCCUUUGUCGACAAGGACCGAAUGGGUACUUACUGUCAUGUCCUCUCCCGUCCUUACUAUGCCGUCGGCGAGGAGCGCAACACUGCCGAGAACGCCAUUGAAAUCGCCAUCCGUGUCCAUGCAACAGACUUUAUUGCCGACAUUGAGGUACAGCGCUGUGUUCAGGCACUUUGGACUGGUCUUAUUCUCCAGGUCGAGGAAGAUGAGUCUCGCAUCCGCUUUGUCGAAUACGGCGGUCUCCGUCGUUCCCGCCGCGGUCUGCUGGAUUGGUUCGACAUUGGUCGUCUUAAUGUUCCCAAGUACCAAAACAACAUGAAGAUUGCACUGUUCAUCUUCUUCUUGGCAAUGUAUACGUUUGUUGUCAACAACCAGUCCCCAAACCCCAACAUUAUCGAGUGGCUCAUGUAUGUCUUUGUCUGUGGCUACAUCUUUGAAGAGUUCCGUCUGAUCUUUGAGGGAGGCACGGCGUUUUUCCUUGGCAGCAUUUGGCACUGGGUCAACAUCAUCUCCUACUCCAUGUUUAUGGUCUCGUUCUCGUUCCGUUUCACCGCCUCUUACAUCCUCACCGAUAAGUCUAAAAUUGUGCAAUACAACGAUAUUGCGUACGAUCUCCAAGCCCUGCUCGCCGUCUUUUUGUGGGUCAAGACACUCUCCUUGUUGGAUGGCAACCAGUACUUUGGAACGAUGGUGAUGGUGUUGCAAAAAAUGCUGAAGGACGGAAUCAUGUUCUUCUGGCUCCUCGCCUGGGUGUUCAUCGGAUUCCUCCAGAGCUUCUUCGCUCUCCAGAAAGCGGAAACCAAGGACUUCAACGCGGCCUUCUCGCUCCUGGUGCGUGGUUUCCUUCAGGACCCCGAUUGGGAGCUUGCUGAGGUCCUUGAUAAUAAGUACGGAUUCUGGGUCUUUGCCCUUUACCUGUUCUUGACUUCAAUUAUCUUGCUCAACCUCUUGAUUGCCCUCUUCAAUUCGUCGUAUACCAACAUCACCGACUCGUCCGAGAAGGAGUACCUAGCCUUGUUCACCUUCAAAGUCUUCUCGUACUUGAAGUCGCCCGAUCAGUUCCCUUAUGCCGCCCCCUUCAACUUGAUCGAGGUCUUCUUUGUCAUUCCUUUCACACCCAUUUUGUCCAAGGAGAACUACAAGUCCCUCAACCGUGUCGUCAUGGGCAUCCUCUUCUGGAUCCCUGUCCUGACGAUUGCCUACGGCGAACAAAAGCGCUACGAGGAGCUCACAGGUACCAACGAUGACGAUGACAUUCAGGGGGGUCGUCGCCGUUACCGCCACCUGACUCUGGAUGAUAUCAGUGUCGAGGACCUUUUCAUGAUCGAGGAUGUUGAUGAGAAUGCUGCAGCAGUGUCCGGCGAGACUGCCAUCCAGAUUGCGAAUGGCGAAGAGGGAGCCGUUGUAGAUGCUUCCUUCACUGGCUGGAAGUCAAAUGGACCCGUCAACGAGACCUUUGCUGACUUCCAGCGUCGCCGUGUCAAGGAGAAUGAGGCUCGCGCCAAGGCCGCUGCCGCCGCUGCCCGCGCUGAGGAAGCAUCAUCCUCGUCGGAUGAGGACGAGCGUGCGGAUGCUGCUGCUGCUGCUGCUGCUGUUGCCUCGAGCACCUCGGCUGGACCCGCUAUGAGCGAAGCGUUGGUUCAGACGCUGUUGGCCAGCAUUGCCAGGAUGGAGGAGCGUCAGAAGGAGAUGGAGACUCUCCUCAAGCAACUCAAUGUCCCCACUGCUGAAGAUUAA